AUGGCAGUCAUCUCUGAACCAAUAUCAUUUGCAUCGCAACAUGUCGGAGGCAUCCUUCUCCUCCUCGGUGCACUCUAUCUAGCUUCCAACUACCUCAGUCUAGGGGUAUGCUCUGUUCCCGGCCCAUUCCUGGCAAAAUUCUCCAAUCUGUGGAGAUUCAUCGACGUCGCAAAUGGUCAUGCUGAAGCGACAUUAUACGAAUUACAUCAGAAGCACGGGGAUUAUGUACGACUGGGGCCGAAGGUAGUGAGUGUACGAGAUUUAGAUGCUCUGAAAAUGAUCUAUGGUAUCAAUAAGGGAUACCGGAAAACAAACUUCUACCAUGUACAACAGCAGCUAGCCAAAGGGAAGCCGACUCCUACACUCUUUACCACUACGGAUGAAGAUUUCCACGCUGCCAUCAAGCGGCCUAUAUCAGGUGCAUACUCAAUGAGUACUCUGACCGAGUUUGAGCCCUUUGUUGAUCAGACGAUCCAUACUCUGUUCGGGAGACUGGACGAGUUUGUAACCAGGGAUGAGGUUUGUGAUAUUGCGGUCUGGUUGCAGUAUUAUGCAUUCGAUGUAAUUGGGGAGUUGACUUUCAGCAAACCACUUGGGUUCCUCGAGAAAGGGGCCGAUGUGGAAGGCAUUAUCGAGGCCCUUGAGCAUAUGCUUGACUACUCUGGAAAGGGGGGCUCAACGGGUGCGGUUGCUCGUUUUGCGCGGGCUCGCCUCGAUGAACGGUUGAUGCAUUCAGAGUCAACAGCGAAGGACAAUAGAGAUCCCACCCAGUCGCACAGAGACUUUCUUGCCCGCUUUCUGGAAGCCAAGAAGAAAUACCCAGAUAUUGUUACCGAUAACCAGGUCUUUUCAUAUACCGUGAGCAACAUGAAUGCCGGCUCCGAUACUACAGCCAUCUCGCUUAGAGCAAUCCUCUACUACACCCUCAAAAGCCCAAGGGUCAUGGCGAAACUAUACGAAGAACUCACCACUGCUUAUCAAGAACGCCGGAUCUCGCUCCCCGUCUCCUGGAAGCAAAGUCAAGACGAGCUCCCCUACCUCGAUGCAGUGAUCAAGGAAGCGCUCCGCCUCCAUCCAGCUGUUGGGUUACUUCUCGAACGAAUCGUCCCCACCGGUGGACUCCAGCUUCCCAACGGUGGGCCAUUCUUGCCAGCGGGGACCAUUGUCGGUGCCAACCCCUGGAUUAUCCACCGUCACUCCAUCUUCGGGCAGGAUGUUGAAUUCUAUGUGCCGGAACGCUGGCUGCGGGCGGAUGGGGAGUCUGAAACAGCUUUCCACGCGCGGAGGCAGGACAUGUUCCGAGCAACAUUCACAUUUGGAGCUGGACCCAGGACGUGCAUUGGGAAGAACAUUAGCUUGUUAGAAAUUUACAAGUUGGUCCCUUCGUUGUUUCUGACAUAUAAGAUUGACCUUGAGCAUCCGGAGAAGCAAUGGCAGACUGUCAACGCGUGGUUUGUGCGCCAAAAGAACAUGCACGUCAGACUGGCUCGGCAUGAUAAUCUCUAG